AUGACGAAAAUCUGUGAAGUCACGGUCCUAUACCUGAAGCCUGGAACUGACCUGUCCAGCCCCGAGAAUCAUGCCAAAUACACGACCGGCAUCAAGACUCUGACCAGUCAGCCUGGGUUUCAGCUAUUGCAGGAGGGCCGGUCAAAGACUGAGGAGGAAUUGUUAGUCUGGUUGACCGAUUGGAACGAUCUACUCGACCACGAGACAUUCAUGGCCAAAUCGGAGCCGUACUCGAAAAUGGUCGAUGCGCUCCUGUCGAUGUGUGAUACAGAACGCGAAGACUUCCUUGAGAUCAAACACCUUCCACCAACUUCGUCUUUUCUGGACGUGACCAUGACUGGUACGCAGUAUGGCAACCUAAUGACGACAAUGCUCUGGCUGCGAAUUCCGGAGGGAGGAUCAUUGGGGCAGUUUGCCGCAGCGGUCAAAAGAUUGCGGCGUGAACUUGAGCACCGUGGACAAGCGGUAACAGGUGGUGGUCCUGUGGAAACUCCAGGAGAAGCUAUCUUAUUCAUACAGUCUCGCGAGGGCCCGUUGGUUGAGAAGGAGGAGAUAGCCCGGAUUCUUGGGCAUGGAGCGAACAUCAGUCGCUCUGGUGUUUUCAAGCUGUCUUACAAUACUUAA